GGGCCGGGCCGGGCCGGGCCGGGCAGGGCAGGGCAGGUGCGGGGCUAGGUGCUCGGCGGGGGAUGCGGUGCUCGGGCGCAGCAUGCUGUGGGGGGUGGGCCUGGCGGCGCCCCGCUCCUGCGUGGCGGACCUGAGCCGCAACCGCAGCCUGUCGCUGGGGUGGUGUGCGGGUCCCGAGGAGCCGCCGCCCGCCUUCUAUGGGGGCGAGAUCGUCGCCUUCCCGCUGGCGGGCGGGGGCGCGGGCGGCACCAUGGCGGCGCUGAGCCCCGACUCCUGGUGGAAGAAGACGCUGUACCUGACGGGUGGCGCGCUGCUGGCCGCCGCCGCGUACGUGAUCCACGAGCUGCUGGCCAUACGGAAGGAGGAAGAGCUGGAUUCGAAAGAUGCUAUCAUACUGCACCAGUUUUCAAGGCCUACCAAUGGCGUUCCAAGUUUAUCUCCAUUCUGUCUGAAAAUGGAAACUUACUUGAGGAUGGCUGAUCUGCCCUAUCAGAACUAUUUUGAUGGAAAACUUUCCCCUCAAGGGAAAAUGCCUUGGAUUGAAUACAAUCACACUCAAGUAUCUGGCACUGAGUUCAUUAUUGAUUUUUUGGAAGAGAAGCUUGGAGUGAAUUUGAAUAAACACCUCGGUCCACAUGAAAGAGCUGUUUCCAGAGCCGUGACAAAAAUGGUGGAGGAGCACUUGUACUGGACUUUAACUUAUUGCCAGUGGGUGGAAAAUCUUCAUGAGACGCAGAAGAUGGUUUCGCUUUUUGGCCCCUUCAGUGACUUGCUGAAAUGGAUUCUGUGCCAUCUGACCAAAGGGAUUGUGAAGCGGGAGAUGUUUGGCCAUGGCAUUGGCCGCUUCUCAGAGGAGGAGAUGUACACACUGAUGGAGAAGGACAUGCGGACUCUAGCAAGUCUCCUGGGUGACAAGAAGUACAUUAUGGGACCAAAGAUUUCCACUGUUGAUGCCACAGUCUUUGGGCAUCUGGCACAGGCAAUGUGGACACUACCAGGGACUCGACCAGAGAGACUAAUCAAAGGUGAACUGAUCAACCUUGCUAUGUAUUGUGAAAGAAUAAGGAGGAAAUUUUGGCCAGAAUGGCACCACGAUGAUGAUAACACUCUGUAUGAAUCUGAGGAAAGCAGUGAAGCAAGCAAGACUUACUCCCCUUUGCAGGACUUCAGUUUUUAUUCAAGGACAGAAACCUUUGACGAGGAAGGGAACAGUAUUUCUCAAACCCCUGACACGGAUUACACUGGACACUCCCUCUUUGAUUCAGAUGUGGACAUGGAUGAGUACAGAGAUUAUGAACAGCGCAAGUGAUGCGUACAGGCAUAUCCCAUUUUACAGAUAAGCUGUUUCUUGGGAUCAUUCUGAUUUGUCUUCUCCUCCAGGUCAGGAAGAAGUUAUAUCACUUCAGAAGAGACCAUUGUGCUUGUCUCAGCUGUCACAUGCUACCUGGACUAUUUCAGCCUUAUUUCAUUUUGUGUAACUAUUCAGGUGGAACCAAGGUAAAGUGUUAUUUAAAACAAACACAGGCAAACUGGAGGUCCAGAGGGCAACAGGACCUUUCAAUGACCUGCAUUUUUGUUUUUGAGUUCAAAACCAGAUACUGCAGCCAGGUGGGACAGACCUCUGGGAAGUGGAGCAUUUGUCAGAGCUAGUUUGUGUUGAUACAUUCUCUUUACAGGAAUGCACUGAGGACAAAAAUGGAAGAAGCAUGACUGGCACAUCUUUCUCCCAAGGAAGAAAAUGAUUGAUGCUGUAUUGAAAAGGACCUUUGGGUGUGGGCUGAUGGCCAGCUGAACGUGAGCAGCAUCUUGGCUUGUAUCAGAAGUAGCGUAGCCAGCAGCACUAGGGAAGUGAUUGUCCUCUUGUACAAGGCACUGGUGACAAAUCCUUUGUUCAGUUUUGGGCCCCUCACUACAAGAAAGACAUUGAGGUGCUGGAGAGUGUCUCAUUCCUGCCUAAAGAAGAGCAAUGAAGCUGGUGAAGGGCCUGGAGCACAAGUCUUAUGAGGAACAGUUGAGGGAAAUUGGGGUUGUUUAGCCUGGAGAAAAGUAGGCUCAGGAGAGACCUUACUGCUCUCUAUGACAGAGGUUAUAGUGAGGAGGAUGUCAGUGUCUUCUCCCAAGUAACAAGGGACAGGAGGAAAGAUCCUCAAGUUGUGCCAGAGGAGGUUUAGAUUGGAUAGGAAAAAAUGUCUUCACUGAAAGUGUUCUCAAGCAUUGGAACAGGCUUCCCAGGGAAGUGGUGGAGUCACCAUCCUUGGAGGUAUUUAGAAGACAUGUAGAUGUGGCACUUAGGGACAUGGUUUAGUGGUGGACUUGAUAGUGCUAAGUAAACAGUUGGACUUGACAAUCUUAAAGGUCUUUUCAAACCUAAAGAAUUCUGUGAUUCUAUGAGUUCUGGGAGGAUUUUAUUUGAUAGCUACUUAUACUCUGGGUUCAUAUGUUAUUACAGUGUCUGCAGGAAAGAGCUGCUCCCAGUUCUUUUGGAGACAGUCAAGGAGGACAAGAGAAAAACAUUGCUACAGAAAGCAGCUUUUAGUGUUGUUCUUUGAAAAAUAUUGAAAUUGCUACUUUAGAAUAUUUUUAUUCAGGAGGGAAAUGUCAGUUUUAUUCUGUAAUCUCCCAAACACUCAUCUGGAAUGUGUGUUGGCUGAAUUUCUUCUGUGUUUUCAAUUUAUUAUUAUGUUUUUACUUCCUGCCCCUGGCUUUUGCCUGCUAUUGUUAGGCAAGGCUAAAGAAUUGGGUUUUGUUACUUAACAUGUGGUGUAUCUCAGCAGUGAGUGUUUUGUGCUUUUUACCAACAGGCACAUCAAAGCCAUGGAGCUUGCAAAGUGAUUUGGGGUAUUUCUAGGUGUGGGAUGCUGUGUAAAUGCAGGAUAUUGGCCCAGGCAGUCGAAUGCUUUAGAGCUGUUAGGAAGGUGCUUCAGGGGGUGCUGGGCACUGUGCGAGCUUACAGUGCACAGUCCCUAAAGCUGAUGCAUAGGAGGCAGUUGAAACAGGACAGCUAAGUCAGCACUGCUGUCUGUGGAGAUUUCCAGGUGUUUAAAGAGUGACCAGAAUUGAUUUUAACACGCCUUUGCUAGCACAUGUGUGAAUCUGGAACCCCAAAUCUAGAAUGAUUGCACAGGUGCUGAAAUGCUUUGUGUUCGUGUCUCCUUAAAUGCGGGUUAAAGGUGAGAAUGAAGAAUGAUUUACUCACCACUUUGAAGGCAAAGCAUUUAUGUCAGGGUUGCUUGGCUGUGACUACUUGAUGUUAGGUAAAGGUAAAGCAUACAGAACAUAGAGAGCUGUGGUAUUUGUAAACAUGCAUAUACAAUUGGGUAUUUGCCUGCAGAUAUUGAUGGAGGUCUGUUUGGAAAUACUUUAAUUAUGACUUUCACAGUUAUUUCUAGUUAGAUUAAUUAGGAUCCUACAGCAAAACUGUUACAAUGUGUUGAUUGUGCCAUACAUUCUGGGAGCAGACAGGGCAGACAACUGCUUUAGGAUGUUAAUUAUUGGUAGUCCUAAUAGUCUGGAG